CAACCCUCUUUAGUGUCGCUGACAAUCCCCUUAUAAUCCGUGGGUAAAACCUCGUGCUACCGCGUUGAGAUAUUUGAUAGUUGAGGUUAAUUCAAGGCACCGAAACUUUUCCAAUAAAUUACUCAUCCCCAUUCAACAAGGCCCAUAAAAAUUCUCGCCAACUCUCCUGCUGAUGUGAAUAAUUCCACUGAAUUAAAAAUGGCAGUAAGAGUCCAGUUCGAAAACAGCAACGAAGUCGGAGUAUUCUCAAAGCUGACCAAUUCGUACUGUCUUGUGGCAAUCGGUGGUUCAGAAAACUUCUACAGUGUUUUCGAGGCUGAAUUAGCCGAGACAGUGCCAGUAAUCCACGCUUCUAUCGCAGGAUGCAGGAUUAUUGGUCGGCUUACUGUUGGAAACAAGAACGGUCUUUUAGUACCAAACACAACAACCGACAUUGAACUUCAACAUAUUCGUAACUCAUUGCCGGACUCUGUCAAGGUCCAGAGAGUGGAGGAGAGGCUGUCUGCACUUGGAAAUGUCAUCGCGUGCAAUGAUUAUGUUGCUCUGGUCCAUCCUGAUCUCGACAGAGAAACCGAGGAGAUUCUCGCAGACACAUUGAAGGUUGAAGUUUUCAGGCAGACAGUGGCCAGUAAUGUUCUCGUAGGCUCAUACUCUGUUUUGUCGAAUCAAGGAGGUCUGGUGCACCCAAAAACCUCGAUACAGGAUCAGGAUGAAUUGUCAUCCCUCUUACAAGUUCCAUUAGCUGCUGGAACGGUCAAUAGGGGAAGUGACGUGAUAGCAGCAGGAAUGGUAGUGAACGAUUGGGCGAGUUUUUGUGGUAUGGAUACAACUGGUACUGAAAUUUCGGUUAUUGAGAGUGUAUUCAAGCUUAAUGAGGCAACACCUGGUGCAAUUACCUCGAACAUGAGGGCAUCACUCAUAGAGAGUAUGUCCUAGAAUUACUGCUAUCACCAAUCGAGUGUAAAUCUGGACAAAGUAAGAACGCGAUGUUUGCCUGUACAUAAUUACAUCAAAACUUCCGCAAAAAGGAAGUAAUAUCCAGUAUAAAUUUUCAUCUUGGGAAGCCAGGAUUAAUUCAUAUGAAGUGCAUCUGUCUUUUUAAUCAAUCGAGUUAUAAAAUAGAGGAAUAAAUAAUGACAAAUUGA